AUGGAAGAGCCCGAGAGGUUUGAAGAAAGAUUUGUGCACAAGUUCUACAGUGAGUACACAAGAGAGUUUUCGGCAACAAGGCGGAAGCAUUGGAAAAUGACAGAGGUGUUUCUGGACAAUUACUAUACGCCGAGGUCUAUUGUGCUUGAUGCUGGAUGUGGAAACGGAAGGUCUUUUUUGGUACCAGGAAUUGUCGGAUUAGACUACUGCUUUGAUCUUCUGAGGGAUGCCAGAGCCACGAGAAACCACGGGUUGGUAAGGGGGGAUGUCCUAGACAUGCCCUUUUGCGAUUCUAGCUUUGAUCUUGUGCUUAGUGUUGGUGUAAUCCACCAUCUUAGCACACAUGACAGGAGACUGAGGGCAAUGGAGGAAAUGAAGAGGGUACUAAAAGACGGAGGAAAAGCAUUAGUGUAUGUGUGGGCGAAUUCUGUGAAGGAAAAAAGGAAGUUUUCGAAGAUCGGCGGGAGGUCGGGAGAAGAAUAUUUUGCAACAUGGCAUCUUAGAGACGAUGUCAAGAGAUAUUACUAUCUUUACGAUAUGGAGGGCCUGCUGGAGCUCUGCAAGGACUCUGGGUUUAAAAUCCUGAACUAUGGGCCUGAGGAGGAAAGCCUGUUCAUAACUUUGGAGAAGUAG